UGUUAUAUAAUAUAUAUAUUUAUGUAUAUAUUCUCACAGAUAUUAUAAUAAUCGGAAUCAAUGGCCGAAGCGAGAAGUGCUGUCAGCGAACCCAUGGUCUCCAAAGUGGUGGACAGAGAGACCCCGCACUGGGAUGUGAUCGCCAAAGCGUGGAUAAAAGGCGGUCGACGCAAAUACUACCGAACCAGGAACUCCAUACGGAACGGCAUGUGGCCGACAUCCAUGUCCAACCUGUGUGUCAUAUGUUCGGCAUUUUUCCUACUCAUGGUUUGCGAGCCGUCGGUCACCCAGUUAUUGACGGACAGACUCUGGAGAUUUGGGUUUCAAAUCUACAUCAUAUCCAGUUUGCCACUAAUGUUGCGGGCGGUGAUCAUCUCAUGCGUGUUUGGCAUCAGUUUCAUAUUAGUGGUGCUAAUACUGCGACAAUAUUUCAUACGACUAUUGCUGUCAUACAGGGGUUGGAUGAAUGAGAUCUCAUCCCGGGGUAAAUCCAAGAAAGUGAUGCUCUGGGCGAUCGCGCUGCGACUGGUCAGCGGCUACCAGCCCUCUCUCUAUAGCUUUCAGCGUUCAUUGCCGCGAAUGCCGGUGCCGUCGCUCAGGCAUACCAUUCACAAGUUGUUUGAGUCGUUGAAACCUGUUUGCAGUGAAGAAGAGCUCGUCGUCUUGAAAAAGCAAUCAAAAAGCUACUGGAGGGCGACGGACAAGCCGGCCGCACGGGUGGCAUCCCUGGCCACCAAUAUAUUGAAAUUCAAGCGAUUAAUAGAUAGGGAGGAACUGCCGCCCCUACUGCUCAGGAAUACGAUUCCCAUUUGUAUGGCUCAAUACGAGCGGCUAUUCUCGACGACCAGGAUUCCGGGCGAAGAGAUGGAUGAGUUGAUCCAUUACGACACCAAACGCUCCAAACAUAUCAUAGUUGUCUGUAAAGGGGUUUACUAUAGAGUGGAUGUGUUUGACUCGAAGAACCAACAAAUCUCGUCCAGAAAUUUGGAGCAAAAGGUUGAGUGGAUUAUAUCGGACGCCGAGAAACACUCGCAAUCCCUGUCCCCCGAAGAGAAAUCGGUGGCCGCGCUGACAGCGUUGGACCGCUCGGAAUGGGCUGUCAUUCGGAAGGACUACUUCACGAGCGGCGGCGUCAACGAUAGGGCCCGGGAUUUGAUCGAAAGGUCCAUAUUUAACGUAUGGAUUGUGGACGAGGAGCCCGAGUCGCUGACCGAUAGGGCCAAGUAUACCAUUCACGGCGACGGCACCUGUAUUUGGUUUGAUAAGUGCUUUAAUAUACUGGUGUUCGCUAAUGGCAAGUGUGGCCUUAAUUGCGAGCACAGCUUAGCGGACGCACCGGCCUACGCGCACAUGUGGGAGUACGCCCUGAGCCGGGAUGUACUCGAAAAAACUUUCGACGACGACGGCACAUGUAUGCCUCCCAACCAGACCUUCAGACAGGGCUCGCUUAAGGACGUCGUGCGGAUCGACUGGGAUUUGAGCCAAGAAUUGAAGACCAAAAUCAACAGCGCGUUGACAUUCGCGCAGAAGAACAACGAGGACUUGGAUCUGGUUGUCGUCGACCACAAAGAGUGGGGCAAAGGAGAGGUGAAGAAGUGUAAGAUAUCUCCCGACGCCUUCAUUCAGUUGGCCCUUCAGAUGGCCUACUAUAAGGACAGCGCAAAGUUCGUGCAGACGUACGAGGCGUCGAUGACCCGGCUGUACCUCAACGGCAGGACAGAGACGGUGCGCUCCUGUAGCCAGGAAUCGGUCGAUUUUGUGCUGUCGAUGAACGACCCGAACGCCACCAAAGAGGAGAGAAUACGGCGCCUCAAUAUUGCGGCCGAAAAGCACACUCAGCUCUAUAAGGACGCCAUGAAUGGCUUGGGAACGGACAGACACCUGUUCGCGCUGUACGUGGCCUGUAAGGGACUGGGAUAUGAGAGCGAGUUCUUGCAUAACGUACUGACCCGCCAGUGGACGCUCAGCACUAGUCAAACGCCGCACACCCAGCAGACACAGGUGCCGGACCCUAAUUAUCCCAGUUUUAGUGAGAAAUUGUGUCCG